AUGCUUGAAGUUGAAAAUACUCUAUUUUCGAUAGGAUUUCGUCGUCUUACGAUAACCGUAAAUUGUACUAUGAAUACUGAACUAGUAAAUUAUGUAAUACGUGGACUUUCAAUAAGAAUUAAAACAACUCACACAGCUACAACAACAUCUUCAACAUCAUCAAUUUCAACGACAACAACCACGCAAAAAUCCACGUCCACUGAAACGACUCCCUUGUACUUAAUAAUAGCAACAACUACACCCUUGACAACAACAACAACAUCGGCAAGACAAAAAACAACAAUAACAUCGACCAGAUCAACAACUACAAAAUCUACAUCAAAGACAACGAAAUCUACGAUAAAAUCAUCUAGAACCAGACGAACAACAUUGGCAUCAACGAAAAUUUCCCAUUCAACCAAUAAAACAAUAUUCGUGCCAUCUACAUCAUUCACAACAUCAACUAUCAGUACGACGCCAACUGCUAAACCAACACCGAAAUCAGAAACCAGUACAACUACCACUUUAUUUUUAACCACAAUAGCAAUACCAGUAUUAACAACAACACCGAGCAUAGUUAUCAAAUCUAUUGAUAAUAUAACAGAAAAAUGUCACUCAUUUACAUCCUCAUUUUCAAUACUUGUUACUAAUUCAACUUAUCCAAUAUCUGAAGCGAAUACAUCUCAUGAAAUUAUGGCAGGAACACGUUCGACAUCGAUGGAACAAAUGCUCGUUCGUUUGUCAUAA